AUGCAUUCGCUCAAAGGACUUCUCGUGUGUUUUCUCAUUUACCACUAUGUUCAGGCUGAAACGUCGUCUUCGCCCAGCACGCCUUUCGACUGCACAAAAAGACACGCCAAGAAAGUGAACCACAUAGAAGAAUGCACUAAGGAGUCAAGAGUCAACAGGAAUUACAUUGAGAAGAUGAAAGCGGGGUAUUGGAGUAUGCCGAAAAUAACAACGUCUCUAAAAUACUGGGCGUUCUGCUACCUCAAGAGGAUGGAUAUGAUGACCGAAGCCGGUGUGCUGAGGCAGGAUGUGGUACUUCAACAGUCGCAUAGCAAAAAAGAGAAACGGCAAAUAGUAAAAUUAAUAGACAAGUGUAUGUACGACACGGCACACUUACCUUUGGAGACAGCAUGGCACUAUCUCUACUGUUUUCACAAAGCAAACUAUAAGCUAUGUAAACGUAUACAUGGUAUUUAG